AUGGCCAUACCCUCCGAUCAACGCUCCACAAGUCCCAAGAACGAUGAUGUUGAGAAGAAUGCCGACAUGUCCAGGAUUCAAAGUACUGGUGAAGGCCAGGUUACUGAACAACACGGCACGAAACGAGCAAUCAAGCCUCGCCACGCGCAGAUGAUUGCAAUUGGAGGAAGCAUCGGCACAUCGUUGUUUAUAGCGUCGGGUCAAGCUCUUGCUGCUGGAGGACCGGCAAUCCUGUUGAUUGCCUAUAUCGUGAUGUCUCUUCUUGUUUACGGCGUUGUCACAGCCGUUGUCGAAGUUGGCGCUCACUUACCACUCGAGGGGGCUUCCAUGUCCAUGCAUUGCCGCCGCUAUGUUUCUAAGUCACUGGGUGUGGCUUUAGGAUACCUCUAUUUCUACUCUUACGGCAUUAUUGCCGCCUAUGAGAUCACUACUGCGACAAUACUUAUAAAUUAUUGGCCCCAUAGCGUCCACAAGGCCGUGUGGAUCACGAUCAUCAUGGUCAUCAUCAUUGCACUAAACGCUUUCCCCGUCCGCGUAUAUGCCGAGGCAGAAUUUUGGUUUGCGAGCAUCAAAGUUGCCCUGAUUGUGGGUCUUUUGAUUCUAUCACUGGUUUUGAUGCUUGGGGGAGGACCAAAUCAUGAACGCCUUGGUUUCCGAUAUUGGUAUGAUCCUGGCGCUAUGAACGCAUUUAUCGUCACCGGAGCGAGUGGUCGCUUUGUUGCGUUCAUAUAUGUUCUGAUCUUAUCUGGAUUUUCCUUUUAUUUCAGCCCCGAGCUUAUAAUAGCGACAUCUGGCGAAAUGGUCAACCCUCGCAAGGAUCUCCCUAUUGCUUCUCGCCGUUUUUUCUAUCGUUUAAUGGUCUUUUAUAUCCUUGGCUCUCUGGCUAUUGGUGCCGUUUGUGCUUCAAACUCAUCAGGGCUUGUCUCGGGUACUGGAAAUGCCAAUUCAUCGCCGUGGGUCAUUGCUAUCCGUAAUUCCGGCAUCGAAGCACUGCCUUCCAUCGUCAAUGCCGGCAUUCUCACCAGCGCUUGGUCGGCCGGAUCCUCAUAUUUCUAUAUGUCAAGUCGUGCCUUAUAUUCUUUGGCGGUACUGGGAGAUGCACCGAAGAUAUUCUCCCAGUGCAAUCGAUGGGGCACACCACACUACGCCGUUUUCGCUGCGAGUCUUUUCAUGCCACUCGCUUACAUGUCCAGCAACUCUGAGGCAGGAGUUGUAUUCAACUGGUUCAUAAAUCUUACCAACACUGCAGGAUACACUUCCUGGGUUAUUUGCUGCAUCACAUUCCUCAGAUUUAGCGAAGCCAGCCAUAUUCAAGGCAUUACGCGAUCUCAUGCUUCAUUUAUCCAGCCAUUCGGUGCAUGGAUUUGUAUCAUCGUAUUUACGGCUUUGUGCUUGCUGAACGGUUUUACCGUUUUCUUCCCUGGCAAGUGGUCAAUCGGGAACUUUAUGUCAGCCUACAUAGGCAUCCCUAUCUUCAUGGCAGUCUGGGUCGGACACAAGGUGACUGUUGGAAGAAAGGACCCGUGGCUGAUGAGCCUGGGUGAGAUUGACCUGACAACGGGUUUGGACGUGGUUCAAGCGGAUGCUCAAACGUAUGAAGAGAACGAAAGAUUGCGUUCUAAUAAGUUUAGGCCUUGGGGAAUCAUAAGACGGGGAUUCUCACGUACUUAA